GAGGCCCUGGGCCAUGUCCUGCAGGGUGUCCCCCUGGCCCACAGGGUGUCCCCGUGUCCCUCAAGGUGUCGCCAUGUCCUGCAGGAUGUUUCCGUGGCUGCUCCUGGCACUGAGUGUCUGCGCCCACCCUGGCAGGGGCAUGUCCCUAGCUGUGUCCCCAGUUGUGCCCCCACGCCACAUGGACUCCGUGCUCGACAUCCUGGACGCCCUCGAGUCCCCGGCCCGGGGCGGCUCCCCCGGCACCGCCGCGGCCUUAGGGAGGGGGCUGGGGGUCUGCAGCACCCCGGGGUGCCGGGCGGUGCUGGGCGAGCCCCUCGGGAACCCCGGACGCCCCCCGGCUCUCACGCCAGGCCAGUGGCAGCUCCUGACGGAGCUCCUCCACCACGACCCGGCGACACCGGAGCUGGGGGCGGUGCUGGCCCCCGACGGCUCCACGGUGGCCCUCGGUCCCCUCCUGGCUGGCAUCGAGGCGGGGCUGAGAUCUGGCGGCUUUGGGCGACCCCUCCCCACCCUCAACCCUCCCGCCGACCCCCUCUUGGCUGUCACCAUCGCCGAGGCUUUGGGGACAUCCUUCCUGCUGGCGCAGGGGGGUGACAACAACGCCACCGCACUGGGACCCGGCGGCUGCUGGGACGAUGUGGAGAACCCCCAAAAUUAUACCUUGAGGGGUCCCCCGUCCCCUGUCCCCGACCCUGUGGCCAUCGGGGCCAUGGAUGGGGUGGUCCUGGGGGCGCAGCUGGCCCGGGGACCCCUCCCGGUGGCCGAACUGCUUCGGAGCUACUACGGGACUGGGAAUGGCUCAGAAGCGGAGAGACCCCCCAGCAGUUACCGGCGCCGGGUUUUUCGGGCACUGGCGGGACAGGGACGACUGGAGAAGGAGGUGGAAGCGGUUUUGGAGCUGCUGAGGACGCUGUCACCCACCUCGGAGCUCCUGAGGGGCAUGGGGACAGAGGAGGUGGCGGCCGUGGCUCGUAGGGCGGCACGGGAGUUCAGCGAGCGCUACGUGGAGUGCCCAGCCAUCGUGCCACGCUGCCUGUGGGGUGCCCGUCCCUACCGGGGCAGCCCAGCCCUGCUGCAGCCCCCACUGGGCUCAGUGUUCCUGCACCACACCCUGGAGCCAUCGCAGCCCUGCCGGACCUUCAGUGCCUGUGCCCACGCCAUGAGAAACAUGCAGCGCUUCCACCAGGACACCCGCGGCUGGGAUGACAUCGGCUACAGCUUUGCGGUGGGCUCGGAUGGGUACCUGUACGAGGGCCGGGGGUGGCACUGGGUGGGUGCCCACACCAAGGGCUACAACACCCAAGGCUUUGGCGUUGGCAUCAUUGGGAACUUCACGGGCACGCUGCCGGACCCCGACACGCUGGCCCUUGUGCGGGAUGAGCUCCUGCCCUGCGCUGUCCGCUCUGGACACAUCCGGCAGGACUUCACCCUCCGCGGCCACCGCCAGCUCGUCCACACCGACUGCCCUGGCAACGCCCUCUUCCAGGAGAUCCAGAGCUGGCCCAGCUUCCAGGGGACACCGGUGGCACUGGGGCUUCGGUGAGGAGCAGCUCCAGGCCGGGGAGCCUGGGCUGGAUAGAGGCAGGAGAGGUUGGAAAGUGGUCCAGAUGGACACCAGCCCAGUCUGGAUGGACACUGGUCCAGCAGAUGUUGGUGAUGCAUCAAGCUGGACACUGGUCCAGAUGAACACCAGACCCAUGGAUCCCAGCUGGACUCUGGUCUGCAGCUCCUCAGCAUGGACAGCCCCCAGCCCAGAUGACCACCAGCCCAGCCACACCCUGGCCUACCAGCCCACAGUAGCCCCAACCCCAAAACCCCUCAAAAUAAAUCCAAUUUCAGGACAUCA